UCGGAAACAAGAAAACCACAACCGGAGUCCUCUAUAUCAGUAGCAGGAACGGGGUGGGGAAGUCUCGGGUACAGGCAGUAGUACCACGAAAAAACUCACUCCUACAGCAGGAAGUACUUUUAUCAAGACGAAGAAAAUAAAGCUGGAACGAGCAAUGGAUACUGCAACGAGCAACACAGGAGGUGGAAGCGCGUUCGCCAGCGAUAGUUCUACGAACCUGGCAACCGUGAUCAAAGGCCUCAAGAAAUUCGACGGAAAGGACCCAGCUGAGUUCAAGACAUAGAUGAAGAAAUCCUGCGUGGUGUUAGGUGUGACCAGGAAGGACAUCCUGCCACUGCUGAAGAAACAAAGGAAGCCAGAUCCCGCAGACACAGCGGCCUUCGACUCCUACACAAGGGCAAACGAAGAUCUUUACGCCAUUCUUUUCCUCCUAGUGGAACUUCCAGCCGCCUUGUCGAUACAAAAGCACGAAAACGACACUGGCAUCAGCGGCGACGGACAAGCUGCCUUCGAAGAGCUCUGCAACAACUAUGACAGGGUGACGGACGAGGUCAUCAGGGCCAAGAUGGAGGAGCUGGAGAACAACCCCAUGAACCCUGGUGAAAAUCCCGACGACUACUUCAACCAGAAGCACCUACUUCGCACCCAGCUGGAUAAGAUGGGAGAACCCAUCUCCGAUCGCCGCUUCAAGGACAUCCGCGUACAGGGCUUCUCCGACGAAUACAAGGACGUCAAACUGACGGUGUUCAGAGACCCAACCUUCAACGUCCUGGCCCACCAUGCGCAACAUCUUCUUGGACGAACAAUCGCGCAAGGAAGGGAAGGGACGCAUAGCUGGUCAAGGAUUCGCCAUGGCAACGACCGCGUCUGACAUCAUCUGCCACAGCUGCUA